CUUUCAUCGCCUGUCAGGCAGCUUUAUUCAGAAACUCUGUGCACCCGAUAGUCACACAUCUCGAGAUGGACUCAGAAAAAUUGCACAGGGCAGAUUCGUCCGCCUUCGUUGCUGACACCGAAGAUCAGAAAAUGCCUUCGACACUUCCCGACCAUAAGCGGGCGUUGGCGGCUGAGAUUGCUGCUAUGAGUCCGGAAGAGUAUAGGGUAGCUGAGCGUAAACUUGUGCGGAAGAUCGACAAGAACUUGAUUCCAUGGAUGACCCUCCUAUAUCUCAUGUCAUUCCUGGAUCGUGUCAACAUCGGAACGGCCAAACUCACAGGUCUUACCGCCCAACUGAAACUUACCUCACUACAGUACUCAAAUGCGUCAAUGAUCUUCUUCGUCAGCUACGUGGCUUUUGAGGUGCCGGGCAACCUCGUCUUGAAACGUUUCCGUCCCUCUCGCUGGAUCCCGUUCACAAUGAUAUGUUGGUCCAUCUUCCAGAUAUUCAUGGGUCUCGUCACCAACUACGGCCAACUCCUGGCCCUUCGCUUCUGUCUGGGCCUGUUUGAGAGCUCUUUAUUCCCGUCUCUGAACAUGCUUCUAUCUUACGUGCUUUCAUCUGAUAGCGUUGCUUCUGCUGACCUGGGCAGGUUUUACUACCGUCGAGACGAAAUCAACCGCCGAUGUGCCAUAUUUUUCGCUGGCGCGGUACUUGCCGGCGCGUUCGGUGGCAUAUUCGGAUACGCAUGGAGUCGAAUGAACGGGGUCGGGGGCAAGGAAGGUUGGACGUGGAUCUUCAUUUUUGAGGGUAUCUUGACCCUCAUCGUUGCCAUCUUGUCGUUCUGGUUUAUCCACGACUGGCCGGAGCAAGCUCGUUUCCUUACCCCACUGGAGAAGGAAUUGCUGUUGGUGCGGAUGAAACAGGACCAGGGUCUCGCGGGAGAAGGUACUUUCUCGAAGAAGGUCGUAUUUGCUGCCUUAAAGGACUACAAGACCUAUGUCCUCAUGCUCAUGUACAUCGGGGCGGCUGAACCUCUCUACUCGGGUUCUCUGUUCUCGCCUACCAUCAUAGCCGCUCUCGGCCACUGGUCCGUCACUCAGUCUCUUCUUCUAAGUACUCCUCCCUAUGUUUGCUGCUUUAUCAGUACCCUUGCCACGGCCUGGUAUAGCGACAAAUAUCGCCAACGGGCGUUCCCUCUCAUGUUCUGGUCGGUCAUUGCCAUCAUAGGAUAUGUCAUCCUACUCAGCGUGAGCUUUGAUAAGCCUGGCGUUCUCUACUUUGCAGUCUUCGUCACGACCACCGCUGUCGGCCCACUGAUUGCCACCACCAUUGCUUGGACGGGCAAUACCUUUGGUAAUCAUUACAAGAAAGCUGUCUCAAUGGGUUUGGUCUUUUCCGCCGGUAACAGUGGUGGCAUCGUCUCAUCUGAGGCCUACCGGAACAAAGACGCUCCGAGAUUCAUCCCCGGUCACGCUACAGCCAUAGCUUUCGCCGCCUUGUGCUUCAGUGCCGCUUUAUUACUACAUAUCACCCUUUCAAGAGAGAACAAGCGUCGGGACCGUGUCUAUGGCCCUCCUCCCCAAGCUGAUGAAGUGUACGAAUGGGAUGAUCCGGCCACACAACGCAAGUGGGGUCUCGAAGGGAAGACACAUGCGGAGAUUGUCGCUCUUGGGGAUGAUCAUCCCGCUUUCAGAUACUUCACCUGAGCGACCGGUUUCUAAUCUGGUGCGGGAUUUAUCAUCUGUGGUAUAAUGUCAAUAAUUGGGGUUCAAGCGGAGGAAGAAGACCGGGACUAGCAUCUCCUGGAUGAGUUUCAAAAGGGAUAGUGGUGAACAAUGUAAAUUCCCCAAUGCAUCCUCUUGGCCAC